AUGGUCGUUUCAUGGGAAACAAGGAAGAGGUCUCUUCUUGCUGAAAACAAGUAUAUGAUAUUAGCUGCAAAAAGAACACACAGGAAAGAUCCUUCUGACAAUUUUAAGUACUACAAAGGUGGAUGGAAUAUUAGUGAAAAACAUUAUUUCUACUCUGUUGCUUAUACUGCUGCUCCGAUACUUCUGAUUACUGUAAUCUGGUUUCUGGGAAUUGCUGUGACCUUAUUAGUCCUCUGUAUUCGACGUUGUUUCUGCCAACUGAAGAAUUAUGGCUAUUCUAGAACUGCAUAUGUACUUUCUCUUACGUUUCUCAUAUUCUUCACUAUUUCUGCAAUUAUUGGAUGCAUUGUUCUUUACAUUGGACAGGAAAAGUUUCAUAACAGUUGUUCAAGUACACUAAAUUAUGUAGUGAAUCAGGCAGAUAAUACUGUCCAAAAUCUCACUACCGUGUCAGAGUAUCUAUCUGCUGCAAAAGGAGUAGGAGUAGAUCAAUUUUUUCUGCCUCCUAAAAUCCAAAACAGCAUUAGCAAAGUUGACAAACUGAUAAAUGCUUCAGCUACUACUCUUCAAACAGAGACUGAUAAAAAUUCAGAUGAAAUACAGAAAGUUUUGGAUUCUGUACGAGUGAUUCUGAUAACAGUUGCUGCUGUCAUGCUCCUCUUAGCAUUUCUUGGUUUCUUGCUAUCAAUUUUUGGCUUGCAAACUUUUGUUUACAUACUGUCUAUCAUAGGAUGGAUCUUCGCAACAUGUGCAUUGAUUUUAUGCUGCUUAUUUCUCAUUCUGCAUAAUGUAGUUGGAGAUACUUGUGUUGCAAUGGAAGAAUGGGUUCAAAACCCAACUGCUCACACAGCUUUAGAUGACAUUCUUCCCUGUGUAGACAAAGCAACUGCACAGCAAACCUUAUCGGAAAGUGAACAAGUCACUUAUCAGCUAGUUCUUCUCGUUAACUCAUUCAUCAACGUCUCCAACACUGACCCGCCAAAAAAUCUACCUCCUAACUUACCACCAGAGUCUAAAAAUUUGUAUUUCAAUCAAUCCGGUCCACUAGUUCCCAUUCUCAGCAAUCCUUUCUAUUCUGAUAUGACAGAGAGGAUAUGUGCUGCUGGUGAAGUCUACUUUACCAAUGCAUCAAAGGAAUGGAGGAAGUAUAUAUGCCAAGUCUCAGAAAAUGGUACUUGCAUUACGACAGGUCGUUUGACACCUAAAUUUUACAACCAAAUGGUGUUUGCUGCAAAUGUGAGCUAUGCUCUGAAUCACUAUAGUCCAUUCCUAGCUGAGCUAGUAGAUUGCACUUUCGUCCGCGAAACUUUUACUGGUAUUUUUGAGCAGCAUUGUCCAGGUCUGAAUCGCUAUAGUGGGUGGAUCUUUAUUGGCUUUGUCAUGGUUUCAGCUGCAAUAAUGGUUUCUCUGAUCUUCUGGGUACUCUAUGCCAGAGAGAGGCGUCACCGUGUUUAUUCAAAACAGUUUUUAAAGCUAGAUGCUCAGGAUAGAAUAGAACAAGAAGAUGGUGUUCGAUGA